CAGAACAGUAAGCCCUACAGUCGAGAGACAAUAACACCUCUCUGCUGUCUCUCCUGCUGUGUGUUUUUCUUCUGUGGGGAGAGCAGCAUGGAUCUGUCCCAGGACCAGCCGAAAGACUGGAGCUCGGUCCGGCCCAGCUUCUCUCCACUGUUGCAUUACGAUGGCUCUCAGGACAGAAUCAACCACAACUUCAGCUUCCACAGCUCGAUAAUGCUGCCCUCCACUUUCAGUUCCCCCACUGCCUCCCUCCAUCUGCCCUCCCUGCUGCCCUCCUCCCUCUUCACCUCCCCUUUAAUCUCCACCACCUCAGCCUCAUCCUCUCGACAAACGUCCACUUUUGUCCACCAACCCUCCUCCUCCACCUUUCCUUUGUCCCUGUCCACCUUUUCUUCAAACGACUUGGCCAACCUGGAGAGCAUGCUGCUCUGGACUCUCCACGAGCCCAGCACGAUCGCUCUAACCAUCAUGUACUGUCUGUCUUUCAUUUUGGGAUUUGUUGGGAAUUUAAUGUCCCUGCGCGUCCUCACCAACAGGCGGAGCCGGCGGCUAGCUGGUGUCAGCGCCACGCGCAGUCUCCUGGUGAACCUGGCGGUGUGUGACCUGGCUGUGGUGUGUGUGUGCAUGCCCAUUACCCUGGGAAGCCAGAUCUACUCCGCCUGGGUCUACGGCGACCUCCUUUGUCGAGCGGUGCCCUUCACGCAGGCUGUUUCGGUCUCAGCCAGUGUGUUAACGCUGACUGUGAUCAGUGUGAAUCGCUACUACAGUGUUCAAUCCCCACUGAGAGCUCGCUCCAUGUUUACCCGCCGCAGAAUCUUGGCGACCGUCGCCGUGGUGUGGAUGGUGUCUUCGAUCAUGUGCGCCCCUAUUGCGGUGAUGAACCGGCGACGGGAGAUCAGCUUUGGGACAUUUGCCAUCUUGGUCUGUGAGGAGAAGUGGCCCCAGCAUCGCCUUAAACAAGGGUACAAUGUGCUGCUGUUUGUGAUGCUCUACUGCCUGCCAGUGACCUUUAAUCUCACCUUAGGCUUCCUAACUGGCAGGCGGCUUUGGGGAGGAAGAAAAUCCACUUUCGCCGAUCUCGAUCCUCGUAGCAAAGCUCUGCACACCUCGCGCCUCAAGACACGCCAGAAGAUCGCCAAGAUGGUGGUGUGUCUUGUGCUGUUAUUUGCAGUAUCAUGGCUGCCGCUCUACUUGGCUGACCUUUGGAUCGACUGUGAGCAAAGGCCACCAUCUUGGCUCCUGCAGACACGACCAUUUGCCCAGUGGCUGGGCCUGACAAACUCCAGCCUUAACCCCAUCUGUUACUGUUUCAUAGGGGAUUUGUACCGCUCAGCAAAAGUGAUGCGGACGCGGUACUACCAGAAGGUCGCCGCUCUCUUCGGCUCCUCCACAUUCUCCAGCUCAGCUGCAGUGGCGUCUUCUGCCACAGUGAUUACAGACACCAAAGGGACUGCUGCUGACCACCGGCGUAUUGCUGCUGCUGUUGCUGUGGAAGCGUCUGCAUCCAUCGUUACAAUCCCCAGGCUGUUGAGCUUGGCUAGAUGCCAGGGACUGGGGCAGAAGGUUGGAGACAGUUCAGACAGCCGAGUGGGAUCUGACCACAGUAUCUCAGACUGGUGUCGGUCCAGUCCCAGUGUGUGCGACAGCUCCUUGUUCCCCUGCCAGCUCUACACACCCCUGCACUCCAUACAAAGAGCAGACUUCCUGGCCACAAGAAGACACUCUGUGAAUGAAAACGCAGGAUCAUUACCUUUAGGAAUCGAGUCUGUGGAAAUAGACUUCCUGCCUUUGAGGAGGCAUUCAGGGGACAGAAUAUAUGGUCUGUCAGCUGAUAAGAGAGACAUCAUUACCAUGGGCAGAGAAGCUCUCGGUUACAAUGGGCAGCCCAGAAGCAAAACAUCACAAACUUACUCUCUAGUAGAAGACAGGGAGGACGAACCAACCGAUAUCACCAGCCUGUGAAAGCUAGUAUCAGCAGGGAGAAAUUCUUUCUUGUCUGUUCUGCAGGCAGCAGAAACACACAUCUCCUGAUUUAUUUUGCAGUUGACAGUGUGGACUAAUCCUUUGGGAAAGCCAUUGUUUGUCUUGAGGAUAUACUGACCUGGCAUGCACACUACUUCUUUCUCUGUGCAGUAUUGAAAUGUAAUGUAAUUCUCUUAGUGUCAUCCAAAGUGCAGGGGAUCCGGGAUCCACGUUUGCACCGAUGAGUUCAGGUUGAUGGAGGCAGGUGGAGCGAGCAGGGAUGGAGUGAAGCCAGCAGGGGAAUAGUUUUAGCCCCGGGCAAGAAAGCCAGUUAUCAGUAAGAAUUGCUGAUUGAAGCAAUGCGCCAUUACAUGCAAGUCAUAUAAUAAGUGAUUGAGCUGCAAGUCACAGUUGUGUCUAACAUCUGCCUAAGACAAUAACCCUGCAGGAUGUAUCAGUGUGAUAAGCUUAUUUUAUUUUAUUUCGUUCUUAAUGCUUCGCUAAUGUAAGAAUAUACUGUUUCAGAGUUUCUGACGGAUCCUUACAGGAUAAUGUCACCAUUUAUGUCUGCAGUCUGUGAAAGAUUCGUACUCUAGCAGGUUGUUCAAGUGUUCAGUCAUUCAGGUGAUUUGAAGGCUAUAUAAGAUGUACAGUUUAUGAAGCAGUAAAUCUAAAACUCACAAUACAAUAAAAGGUUCUGUUUUUCAUAUAAUAACUGUGAUAUUGCUUUUACAGGAAGGUAGGUAUGAAAUAACUUUUACGGUUAAUCAGAUUAUUGAAAGCUAAAACAGGUCGUCUGAAAUAAACUGAAAACAAGCAGGUUUACAUGUACUUCAUUUAGAGGAAAUUUAAAGUGUCAGUUCACCCCCAAUAAACCAAAAAAAACAUAUUUUCACUUGUGCGUUAAGUUGUUUCUAAUCAUGGAUAUAGUUUGGGAUUUUUUUGGCCUGGUGUUGAGAAAACCGUUUUUGACUUGUCUGAUGCCACCACAAUAUUUGAUUUUGUGUUUAUGGUGCUCAGAGGAUUUAUUAAUGUAGAAUUUAGUUUAAAGAAAUCCACUGCAAUGUGUCUUUCUAGAAUCAGUGUCCCGGCCUGAUAAUGAAUUACAUUUAAUUUUCCCCUCAUCAUUCAGUUUGACGCUGUGUUCAUGUUAGCCAUUUUUCUGCCUGGUGGGUGUGGGGCGUAUUUGGCCCCGACCAAUCAGUAGUGAAUUAGAUGUCAUCUUCAGUCAACAGUUGAGCGGUGAUUGCAAGGAGCAGUAAACUCUUUUCAUGCCGAUUGAAGAAAUAUGCCACUUAAGGAUGCCCUGUGGAUUUUUCUUGUAAACCAAAGUCAUCAAAACACAUUGUGUGUAUCUUUGAAGCCUAACAAAUAGGCUGAAUGCAUUUCCACACAAUACAUCUGCAAAGCCGAUUAAUUUUAAUUUUUUUAAAUCCUGCAUUGUUUACAUCCGUGUUUAAUUACUAACGGUCUUUGGGCAUUUCUGCUUUAGAAGAUUGUGACAGCUUGGAGAAAGACAGGGAAAGCAGGGGAAAGAGAGAGAGAGGGAGGGAAUGAAGCAAAGGACUCAAGCUGCAACCCAAACCCAGCGGCAGACAUCUCAAAUCCAAGAGAAAUUAAACAUGUUUAGAUACCACCAAAGGUCAGUCAAAAACGUUUGCAAUUUGGGUGAGCUGACCCUCAACAUUUAUAUAUCACAUUGACUGUCAAUGUCAGUUUUAGUAUUUGAUAACUAUUUGAGAGUUUUGGCCCAAUCACAUUCACUGCCUGUUAAACCAGCACAUGCCUUGUUGAGUAAAGGACUAAAACAGGGUGCCGAAAUAGCUUUAAAAGGUUAAAGAAAUAAAACAAACACACAUAUACACACACAUCUUCACACAUACACAGAUGCAUGCACACGGACAACAACAUCUAAUCUACCCUCAGGCUGCUUCCAGUUGUUUGCCAGACAGAGGUGGUGAAUAGCAUAGACUGCUGUGACAUCAAACUGCUAAUCACACUCUUGGCCUCACAGCAAAUGUGAAGUGGUGCAACACUUAAGGCAUCAAAAUGUGUUGAAACUGUCCUAUUUAUGUCAUUGGAUAUGGUUGCUUUGUACCUUUUUAGAACAUCUCAAUGCUAUUAUGCCGUGACUGUGUCUUUCAUCUCUCCUUCUCUCUUUACUUUCAUCUACCUCUCUCUCUUUAUCAGUUUUGCAUUGUUAAUAUAUGGCAUGUGUACUCAAUAAUGUGCAUUUAGUGUUUCAUUAAAAAAGCAAAGAGUCUGUCUGUG